GCAAACCUAUAGCGUACAAGAGAAAACCGUUGAAUUGAAGCCAAGGCUGCGGGGCCCACCCGCGUUCAAUUUUUACAAGUGGGUACAGCUCAUUGGCUCCUCCACCUACAGCCCCAGGCCACGUUGGUUCCCGCGUUAAUGUCUCUGUAAGAGCUCAACAUCCAUUUUAACACAAACGCACCGGCGACCCGACUAAUUUUCUCCAAAUUUCCAGAGAACGGCGGCCAAAUCCAAUCCCGAUAAAUGACGAUUAUCGUUGCCGCCGACAGAAAGUACCGGCGGAGCCCUAGAAAGUCCCUACUCCCUGAAAAAUACGCCCAUCAGGAGCCUCUGGAAGGGUUAGAGGGCGCGUCGUUCUCCGGCGCCGUCUUCAACCUCUCGAGCACCAUCGUCGGGGCUGGUAUCAUGGCUCUCCCGGCCGCCGUGAAGCAAUUAGGUCUAAUUCCAGGCUUAGUCAUGAUCAUCCUCGGUUCUACAUUGACGGAGUUGUCAAUUGACUUUAUCCUAAAAUUCUCUCGGACAUCCAAAUCCGCUACGUACGCCGGCGCCGUCAGCGACUCUCUCGGAAGCGUCGGACGGACCCUCUUGCAGGUUUGCAUCGUGGUCAAUAACUUGGGUAUGCUCAUCGUCUACAUGAUCAUCAUCGGCGAUGUGUUUUCGGGAACAACCACAAAUAACGUCCACCAUAAGGGCGUGAUGGAAGAAUGGUUCGGUCAACAUUGGUGGACCAGCCGCACAUCCUUGAUGCUGUUUACCACGCUUCUAAUUUUUGCGCCUCUAAUCUCCUUCAAACGCGUAGAUUCCUUGAGAUACACAUCAUCUUUGUCAGUGGGCUUGGCCAUUGUCUUCGUGGCAAUCACUGCUGGAGUAUCCAUUGCAAAAUUGAUGGAUGGGAGUAUUGGAAUGCCGCGACUGAUGCCUGAACUUUUCGAUCAGGCAUCAUUUUGGCAACUUUUUACCACUGUUCCAAUCCUAGUCACUGCCUAUAUCUGUCACCAUAAUGUUCUCCCAAUUGAGAAUGAGCUGAAAGAUCCGACACAAAUGAAAUCAAUAGUUCGAACAUCUCUAAUAAUAUGCUCGUCGUUAUAUAUCGCGACGAGCUUCUUCGGAUUUAUCCUGUUUGGAGACCAAACGUUGGAUGAUGUCCUUGCCAAUUUCGAUGGAGAUCUUGGGCUUCCAUACAGCUCGUUGCUUGAUGAUGUUGUGAGGGUGAGCUAUGGCAUCCACCUGAUGCUUGUUUUUCCAAUUGUUUUCUUCUCCCUUCGCCUCAACGUUGACGGCCUGCUCUUUCCCUGUGCCAUACCUAUUGCUUUCAAUAACCGACGAUUCUUCUCAAUAACCGUAGCUCUCAUGAGUUUCAUCUUCAUUGGAGCUAACUUUGUUCCCAGCAUCUGGGAUGCCUUUCAGCUCACUGGAGCCACUGCUGCCAUCUCUGUUGGGUUCAUAUUUCCCGCCGCUCUCGUCCUCAGAGACACUUGUGGGAUUGCAUCAAAGAAAGACAGGGUGAUAGCAUGGUUAAUGUUCCUACUAGCUGUUUUGUCAAGUAUGGCUGCAAUCUCCAGCGAUAUCUACAGUACUUACGUGGUCGAGAAACGCGCUUGACGUAGAAGAAGGAACCAUUUUUUUCAUACCCACCCUUCCUUCAAAGGAUGGAGGCUCGAUGUCAUCAAGAGAGCUGCAAUGAAGAUCCAUUUUUUUUAGAUUUUUCGACCCAUCAUUAGCUAGGCUGCCUUGGGGCUAGUUUGUAACAACCAUAUAACCAAAUGUUGCUUUAUAUUUUGUGGGAACACUUGUUAAUUAAACCACAAGGUGGUGUGUCUGAAAGAUCUUCAUUCGGCCUCACUCCCAUGGCCGUUGAGUGGCCCAAGAUGCACGAACUCUCUACUGUCACCUCCCCUUGUGCACUAAAUUUCUGGGUCCAGUAGGUAGCAGAUUUUUGUUUUUGGCAUACAAUAAAGUGUAGUAAACUGUAGUGGUGUCAUUGAUUCAA